UCCGCACCGCCGCCGCCCGCAGCACCAUGGCCAGCACCGUGUCCGCCUACAAGGAGAAGAUGAAGGAGCUGUCCGUGCUGUCGCUCAUCUGCUCCUGCUUCUACUCCCAGCCACACCCCAACACCAUCUACCAGUACGGUGACAUGGAGGUGAAACAACUGGACCAGCGGGCCUCUGGCCAGAGUUUUGAGGUCAUCCUUAAGUCCCCCUCCGACCUGUCUCCAGAGAGCCCCGUGCUCUCCUCCCCCCCCAAGAAGAAGGACGUCUCCCUGGAGGAGCUGCAGAAGCGGCUGGAGGCAGCUGAGGAGCGGAGGAAGUCGCAAGAGGCGCAGGUGCUGAAGCAGCUGGCGGAGCGGCGCGAGCACGAACGCGAGGUGCUGCACAAGGCGCUGGAGGACAACAACAACUUCAGCCGCCUGGCGGAAGCGAAGCUUAACUACAAGAUGGAGCUCAGCAAGGAGAUUCGCGAGGCGCACUUGGCGGCGCUGCGAGAGCGGCUGCGCGAGAAGGAGCUGCACGCCGCCGAGGUGCGCAGGAACAAGGAGCAGCGCGAGGAGAUGUCUGGCUAA